CCCCGGUCAGAAGGGGAAAGGGACGGGACCAGCCCUCCUGUGGACAAUGCUACAAACUCCCUCCUGGCCAGAGGCACCAAAUCCUCCCCCCUGGAAGGGGUUACGGAGCUCAGGGAACCUGGCUGGCCCCUGACCCAAAGUACCAAUAAGGGGGGGGGGGUUUGUGCGCUUUGUUUGGGAGCUGUUCGCUCUUGGGAUUAAGAGGGACCCGACAGCAGCCCAGGCUCUGCAGAUCUUUCUGCCCCAGUGUCGCAUGGGGCCAGGCCAGGCGGGUUAGUUUCACUUUGUUUUCUCGGCUUGGGAAUGUGGCUCGGCUGGAGGGGGGUUUCGCCCUGUUUUGCUGUGAGGCUGGAGGGCUCCUCUGGGCUCUGUGACUCUGACCCCCCUGGACAGUUAUUUCCAGCCUGAUUUCACAGAGAUGAUUUUUACCUUUUUCUUUCAUUAAAAUUCGCCUCUUAAGAACCUCAUGGAUUUUGCAAUGUCUUAGAUCCAAGGGGUUUGGAUCUGUGUGGUCACCAGGACUCACUGGCGAGGGGAUACUCUCAAGCCUACCCAGGAAAAGGGGGCAGAAACAAUCAAAGAACCAGGCCGAGACCAGACAGCCAAACCACAGGGAAGUGGGGAGGAUACAGAUCAAACACUGCAGCAAUGAGGAUUUCACACCCCAGCUACUGAGACGUGGUUUCUUGCCAGACAGCAGCUACCAAGCGACGUUUUCUAACACUGACGAGUGUCCAAGAAAAUGCAGCCCAGUGAUUCCAGGCAGGUCCUGAAGGGGGCGCUGCUCUGCUCCCUGCUCGCAGCUCUGCUGCUCCAAGUGGCCGUCGGGCUGGAGUGCUACAGCUACAGGGGCACCUUCACGGGCAGCUUCUCCCUGGGUGAGGUGCCCAAGGUUACCUGCGGGCCGGCGCAGAACGUCUGUGCCGAGGGGCUGAUCGUCUUGAGCAUCGGGGGCCCGCGGAUGCUGGUGGUGAUGAAGAAGGGCUGCCACACGGCGCCGUCUCGGGACCUCUCCGGCAUCAGCGAGGGGCCGUAUCUCCCCAACUACUAUCACACCCGCUUCUGCAACGCCAGCCUCUGUAACCACCGGUACCGGGACAACAGCCGCGUCCCGGCCUUUCCCACAGCGCCCCCAGACAACACCUCCAGAAGCCUCCUGUGCUACACCUGCAUUGGGACCAGCCCGGAGAGCUGCUCCCCGCGCCGCGCCCAGCAGAGCCAGUGCCAUGCCGACACCCCGCUGUGCUACGAGGGGACAGGCACGGCCACCAUCGGCUGUUAUUGGCUCUCUGCUAGACGGACCCGAUAUUUCGGGAACAGAGACAAGGAGCCUGCAUUAGCCAAGCGGACACGUCACUCAGAACCCCUCUGGUUCAGUUAAACCACGUGGAUUAACUACAAAGGAGCGAACUGAAGUGAUUAGAAGUGACCGCAGACAGAUCACAGCAGAUUACCCAGCAAACAAACCAACCACAACCUGGGGGUGAUCCUGGUGCUUGUGUAUUUCCUCAGUGAGCCAUCAACAGCGUUUGGCCUGUUUCCUGUUGUACCUGAAAGGCUGCUCGGGGGUGUUCCCACCCUCACGACAUGUCUCAGGAACACGCGCGUAGCCAAACUUCGUACCGCCCCGUACCAUGCGCGUACACGCAACUUACCAGGAGAGUAAUGUGCAACAGAUUCAGACUUCUAGAAUGAUACCUCGCAAAGCAGACUUUGUACGAGCCGUAGAAUUGUAUGACAGUGGUGAAUGUAGGGGUGUCGGGUGUCACAAGCCCAUCUACCCUGGUAUCCUGCUCUGUCCCUGCCCCCUGGAUCAGCCCCAUGGCCCGUCUACCCCAGUAUCCUGCCCCCUACCUUGCCCCCUGGAUCAGCCUCAUGGGCCCAUCUACCCUGGUAUCCUGCUCUGUCCCUGCCCCCUGGAUCAGCCCCAUGGCCCGUCUACCCCAGUAUCCUGCCCCCUCCCUGCCCCCCGGAUCAGCCCCCGCAGCCUCCCUGUCACAGUCCGCGAGUGGCCAGUGCCAGCAGUGUGUGGGUGGGGGCGGUAGGUGCUGGCGAUGGCGUGCAGCACCCUGGGGAAGCGCUGCCCCUUCUCUUCAAUGGUGAUGAGGUUCUGGAUGUAGGAGAACAUGGUACAGGUCUGCGGCUUCACGCAGGUCUACAGCAACCAUGGAGACCUUGGCAUCCCCUAGGGAGAGGGCUAGUACUGGGGAGAGAACCCAGGAGUCCUGGCUCCCAGACCCUCCUGCUCUAACCACUAGACACCACUCCUCCCCCAGACUGGAGAUAGAACCCAGGAGUCCUAGCUCCCAGCAACCUGUCCCAUCUGCCCGCCCGCUCUUGCUCUAACCACUGGCCUCCACUCCCUGCAGUGCAGCGCCCCCUGCUGAGCCCUUGUAGGGAUAUUAAAUAAGGUUUAUAUUAGACAUGGUUUAUAUAAAAAUGAUUUAUUGUUAGAAAUAA